ACUCUACUGGCUGUUUCGCUCCUCGCUGGGUCGGCAUUUGCAACACCCACUCCGUCUCACGUGCUUGAGAAACGUGCUGUGAGAUGUGACGGAGUUAGACAGGGUCCGGGAGGUUACCCCCAUUUCUUCAAUAACGGUGAACGCCUCAACUUCGGGUCGUACACCGGAGACCUAUACGAGUAUCCGCUACUUGAUUGUCGUACCAUUGGCAACAUUCGUACUGCUGUCGCGGGAUGUUUUUCUCUAGUGUUACUUGCUAAUGGCUUAUCUUCAGGUGCACCAGGAGCAGACCGUUGCAUGGCUGCUUACGACCAAACAACAGGAAAUUGCGACCUCGUUGGUGCGAUGACGCACAACGGUGUCCCUCCAAAUUCUCAACCCAAUGCCUUUGUUCUAUGUGUUUGA